CAAAUCUACAAACAUGUACAUGUGCGGUGGCGUUCUCGUGCUGUUCGUGGUAUCCUUGGGAAACGUUGUAGACGGAGAGGUGUUAGGGGAAAGCUGUCUGGCUGCACACAAUAAGUUUCGAAGAAUGCACCAAGAUACACCUGAUCUAACGUACAGUGAUGACUUGGCAAAGUCGGCACAAGAGUGGGCGAAUUACUUGACUACUAUCGGUUUCAUGAAACAUAGCGGACCUGGUCAAAAUAUAUAUUGGUCGGGUAAACCUGAUAAAGAUCAUCCAUGCGGCCCUGUCGUCGAUUUUUGGUAUAACGAAAAACAGUACUAUUCUUAUAGUACGACCGAAUCCACUAACCCAGAUGAAUCCACUUUGCACUUCACACAAGUUGUUUGGAAAAAUACCAAAGAGGUUGGAUGUGGACUGAGUACAUAUAAUGGAGGACUAGCAAGAGACGCUCUUGUAUCAGCCUCUAUAGGGCAAGGAAAAAAACUGUUGUUUGCUUUAUUUAUGAAACCAAUGAAAGUGUAA